AUGGCGAGUCCGCCGUUGCCCGGGGGCCCCGCGCCGGCGGGCGGCGACGGCCCGAACCUCAACAACAACAACAACAACCACCACGGCGUGCGCAAGUGCGGCUACCUGCGCAAGCAGAAGCACGGCCACAAGCGCUUCUUCGUGCUGCGCGGCCCCGGCGCGGCGGGCGACGAGGCGACGGCGGCGGGCGGGGGGCCGGCGGCCCCUCCGCAGCCUCCGCGGCUCGAGUACUACGAGAGCGAGAAGAAGUGGAGGAGCAAGGCCGGCGCCCCGAAGCGGGUGAUCGCGCUCGACUGCUGCCUGAACAUCAGCAAGCGCGCCGACGCCAAGCACAAGUACCUGAUCGCCCUCUACACCAAGGACGAGUACUUCGCCGUGGCGGCCGAGAACGAGCUGGAGCAGGAGGGCUGGUACCGCGCGCUCACCGACCUGCUCAGCGAGGGCCGCGCCGGGGACGCCUCCCCGGCCACCUCGGCCUCCUCCGCCGGCUCCGGCAGCUCCUCCCUGCCCGGCGCCCUGGGCGGCUCGGCCGGCGCCAACGCCGAUGACAGCUACGGACUCGUGGCCCCCGCCACGGCCGCCUACCGCGAGGUGUGGCAGGUGAACCUGAAGCCCAAGGGCCUGGGCCAGAGCAAGAACCUGACGGGCGUAUACCGGCUGUGUCUGUCCGCGCGCACCAUCGGCUUCGUGAAGCUCAACUGCGAGCAGCCGUCGGUCACGCUGCAGCUCAUGAACAUCCGCCGCUGCGGACACUCGGACAGCUUCUUCUUCAUCGAGGUGGGCCGCUCGGCCGUCACGGGCCCUGGAGAGCUGUGGAUGCAGGCCGACGACUCGGUCGUGGCGCAGAACAUCCACGAGACCAUCCUGGAGGCCAUGAAGGCUCUCAAGGAGCUCUUCGAGUUCCGGCCGCGCAGCAAGAGCCAGUCCUCGGGCUCCUCGGCCACGCACCCCAUCAGCGUCCCGGGCGCGCGCCGGCAUCACCACCUGGUCAAUCUACCCCCGAGCCAAACGGGCCUGGUGCGCCGUUCGCGCACCGAUAGCCUGGCCGCCACCCCGCCGGCCGCCAAGUGCAGCUCGUGCCGGGUCCGCACGGCCAGCGAGGGCGACGGGGCCGCGGCGGCUGCCACCGGGACCGGGGCGGCGGGCGGCGGCAGGCCCGUGUCGGUGGCCGGCAGCCCCCUGAGUCCCGGGCCGGUGCGCGCGCCCCUGAGCCGCUCCCACACUCUGAGCGGUGGCUGCGGCGCCCGCGCGAGCAAAGCGGCGCUGCCUCCGGCAGGGGGAGCGCUGCAUCACAGCCGAUCCAUGUCCAUGCCCGUGGCGCACUCGCCCCCGGCAGCCACCAGCCCAGGUAGCCUGUCGUCCAGCAGCGGGCACGGCUCGGGCUCGUAUCCGCUGCCCCCUGGCCCUCAUCCGCACCUGCCUCACCCGUUGCAUCAUCCCCCAGGCCAGCGCCCCUCCAGCGGCAGCGCCUCUGCCUCGGGCUCCCCUAGCGACCCGGGCUUCAUGUCCCUGGACGAGUAUGGCUCCAGCCCAGGUGACCUGAGAGCCUGCUGCAGCCGCCGAAGCAACACGCCGGAGUCCAUUGCCGAGACCCCUCCGGCCAGGGACGGCAGCGGGGGCGACCUGUACGGGUACAUGACUAUGGACAGGCCCCUGAGCCACUGUGGUCGUCCCUAUCGCAGGGUCUCUGGAGAUGGAGCCCAGGACCUGGACCGGGGGCUGAGGAAGAGGACUUACUCCCUGACCACGCCUGCCCGGCAGCGGCCGGUGCCCCAGCCCUCGUCCGUGUCUCUGGAUGAGUACACCCUGAUGCGGGCCACCUUCUCUGGCAGCUCGGGCCGCCUCUGCCCACCCUUCCCGGCGUCCUCUCCCAAAAUGGCCUACCACCCCUAUCCAGAGGACUACGGGGACAUUGAGAUUGGCUCCCACAGGAGCUCCAGCAGUAACCUGGGGGCAGAUGAUGGCUACAUGCCCAUGACCCCCGGCGCGGCCCUCCUGAGCGGUGGGAGCAGUAGCUCCAAGAGUGACAACUACAUGCCCAUGAGCCCCACCAGCGUCUCCGCCCCCAAGCAGAUCCUGCACCCCAGAGCUGCCGCCGCCGCAGCCUUGCCACCCUCCGGGGCAGCAGUGCCAGCACCCGCACCUGGGUCGGGCAGGACCUAUCCAGUGAACAGGGCCAGCUACAAGACCGGCUCUCCGGCGGAGAGUUCCCCCGAGGACAGCGGCUACAUGCGCAUGUGGUGUGGCUCCAAGCUGUCCGUGGAGAGUGCGGACCCAAAGCUGCUUCCCAACGGGGAGCACCUCAACAUGUCCCCUAGCGAGGCGCGCGCUGCGGGAAGCCCGCCCGACUUCCUGCCCACCGCCUCGCCCGGUGGCGGGGAAGGCCUCAGAGGUGUCCCCAGCGGCUUCUGCUACAGCUCUCUGCCUCGCUCCUACAAGGCUCCCUACCACUGCGGCGGGGACAGUGACCAGUAUGUGCUCAUGAGCUCCCCCGUGGGGCGGAUUCUGGAAGAGGAGAGGUUGGAGCCACCACCGGCCACUCCGGGCACCUCCCAGUUGGCUGGCAGCUUUGGGGCAGGUGGGGGUGGCCAUACUCAGCCUCACCACCCCGCAGUGCCUUCGCCCAUGAGGCCGAGUGGUGGUGUCGGUGGCCGCCCGGAGGGCUUCCUGAGCCAGCGCUGUCGGGCAGUGAGGCCCACGCGCCUGUCCCUCGAGGGCCUGCAGACCUUGCCCAACACGCGCGAGUACCCUCUGCCCUCCGAGCCCACGAGCCCCGGCGAGUACAUCAACAUUGAAUUCGGCGAAGGGGGCGCCCGCCUGUCGCCGCCUGCUCCUCCGCUGCUGGCCUCGACAGCCUCUUCAUCCUCGCUGCUCUCGGCCAGUAGUCCGGCGUCGUCGCUGGGCUCGGGCACGCCGGGCACCAGCAGCGACAGCAGGCAGCGCUCUCCGCUCUCUGACUACAUGAACCUGGACUUCAGCUCUCCCAAGUCCCCUAAGCCUGGCACCCGCGGCGGGGACCCGGGAUGCCCCAUGGAUGGCCUCCUGUCUCCCGAGGCCGCCUCUCCAUGCCCACCACUGCCCCCACGUCCUUCCACGUCCCCCUCUCUGCUCCUGCAGGUGUCUCUGCCGCCCGCCCCGGGCGAGCUGUACCGCCUGCCGCCAGCCUCCGCUGCUGCCGCCGCACAGGACCCCAGUGCUGCUUCCUCGAAGUCCUCCGAGCCGGGGGACACUGGUGACUACACCGAGAUGGCCUUUGGCGUGGCCGCCACCCCGCCGCAGCCCAUCGCGGCUCCCCCAAAGCCGGAAGGCGCCCGAGUGACCAGCCCCACGUCUGGCUUGAAGAGGCUGAGCCUCAUGGAUCAGGUGUCCGGCGUCGAGGCCUUCUUGCAGGCCAACGUGCCUCCUGACCCCCACCGGGGAGCCAAGGUCAUCCGUGCCGACCCGCAGGGGGGCCGCCGCCGCCACAGCUCGGAGACCUUUUCCUCCACCACCACGGUCACCCCUGUGUCCCCAUCCUUUGCGCACAACCCCAAGCGCCACAACUCGGCCUCGGUGGAAAACGUCUCUCUCAGGAAAAGCAGCGAUGGCAGCGGCGCCGGCAUCCUCGGAGGAGGCGAUGAGCCGCCCCUGGGCCCGGGACAGGCCCAGCCCUCGCUGGCCGUGCCGCAGCCCGCGCCGGCGCGCCUGUGGGCCCCCGCGCAGGCUGGGGCCCUGGUGGGCUGUCCUGGAGGCAGCGUGUCUCCCAUGCGCAGGGAGACCUCGGCCGGCUUCCAGAACGGCCUCAACUACAUCGCCAUCGACGUGCGCGACGAGCCUCCACCGCAGCAUCCGCAGUCGGGGGACAAGAGCUCCUGGGGCCGGGCCCGUAGCCUGGGGGGCCUGCUCGGCGCCGUGGGAGGCAGCGGCAGCGGAGGGGUGUGUGGAGGCCCCGGCGCUGGCACCUUGCCCUCUGCCAGCACCUACGCCAGCAUCGACUUCUUGUCCCAUCACUUGAAGGAGGCCACUGUGGUGAAAGAGUGAAGCCCUGCCUGGCUCCGUUGCUGUGACUUCACACUUUCCUCUGGGACCUGAACAACUCAACUUUCUGUUACUGUGUUAGACGAGGAACCAACGAGGCAAGUGCCUCUCGCCCGCUCCUGCGUGGGGCAUCCGUCAUCAUCGCGCUGUUCGUGCCGCGUUUAGUUUUCUUUGGUAACUAAAUGAGCUGUAGGAGUUACUCUCCAGCACAUUGGGUAUUUUCAUUGGCCUUCUUAAAUCCUGGCCAUCUUCAUUUUUCCCUUUCAUUUUAUCAAAGUAGAUUGAUGCCUCAGUAUGCUAGGAGAUGCUGUAACACCCGGGAAAGUGGUCAGAUCUGGUAUUUACUGGCUUACGCUCAAAACUACCACAGUCCUACCUCAGUUCAUGGUGAAGCCGGAUUGCAUGGCGGGGUUUCGGGGGACCUCCGGGAACCCACCCCAAGGUCGCACAUGCGGACUUCUGUCUCCGCCAAGCUCACGUCGACAGAGACGUGGGUUCCUGGUGAAGGACCUGCCACGUUGACUUACGCCCAGAGCCCAGCGUGGGACUGCCGUUCCGCCAUGGAAGUGAGGUCUGAACUUGGACUUCUAGCCGAGACAGGUAGAUGACUGCUGACGACGACUCCACGCCACGGAAGCCACCUGCUUGUGAGGCGCCGUCAGCUGUACUGGGCGGGGGUGGCAGGGCGGCGCUCUCUUGGUACCUUUCAUGGCCUGUGCGGUCUCUUCUCUGUGUAGAUGUUCACGUAGGUACUUGAGAUCGCAAAAGCCUUUUCUCCUAUCCACGAGCUUGGGCGGAGCUGGGGGGGGGGUGUCUCUGCUGUUCUGACUCUGAGAACCAAAAACUCAAGUCAGCAUGUUGCAGUUCAAGGCUGGGAUGGGCUUGGCUGAUCUCAUUUUUAAAAUGUAUUACCUUUGACGUAAUGCCAUUGUGUUGGCCAAUAAGGCUGCUCGGGGCAGAGAGAGAGAGAGAGAAAUUUUAAAAGGCAUUCCAGCCCUUGAGCUGUUGAUGGAAAAGUCAACCCAUCUCCUGUGGUACGUGACAUUGUCAAAAAAACAAACAAAAAAUCAACAACCAUUCUUGACAAGACUACCCUGGUUUUGUUUUCAGUGUUCUGAAAGUGUCAGUGUUGUGGCAUCUGUCGCAGGCGUCACCUAGCACUGCUGAGCUUGCUCGCCAGCCAGCAGGACGUCCGUCCAUCCGCUUGCUGCCCCCAACACCUGGCUGGAGGCCCCGCCUUCUCCCCCAACCCCCAGUGCCUGUCUCCCCAUCGUCCUGUGGAGGCCACACUAAUUCUUGGAGAUGUGAGUUGUCAGUUGGUUUAUUUUUGGGCUUUUCUUUUUUUUUUUGAGAAAAAAAAUAUAUAAAUAUAUAGAUAUAUAUCACUAUAGAAUAAUGCAUUAAUAAAAUGAGGCUUUUUAGAGGAAGACCAAAAAUUUCAAUGUCUUAAAAAUAUAUUUAACGUCAAUGCAACUGUCUUCCUGCUUCCGUGCUGAGCUCUAGAGCAGAAGAUUGUACCGCAAGACAAAACUGAAUGUAAAUUGAUCCCCCUGCGCAGUUGUAAGGUUUUACUUUUGUCAAGUUCCACGUCACAGCAGUGCAUAGGCCGUGCCGUGUUAGCUGGAAGGUCUGUUUCCCUGUGUGAUAGGGUUAUUAAGAUGUAUAAGAUCUGCUGAGAUUCUAGGAACUGUCGGGACUAGGAAGGGGUGGGUGUGUUUGCUCUCUGACUGCCCAGGUCCAGCAGGACAGAACGAGGAGCCUGCUGACACCCACGGGCCAAGGCAGCUGUCACACACCCGUGUGCUUGGAGCGGCCGCGACAGGCUGCAGGUGGCUUAUGUCCCGUCCGCAGUGGAAACAAGCAAACAGAAGUCGAUGCUGCACUAAGUUCUCCUCAUCCUGUGCAUUUCAAGAGAAAAGGAAGGCAUAUGCAAUACUUACAUUUUUAAUUUAGUUUACAGAAUGGAACCAAAAUGUAUAAAUGCUAUGUUUGCUACCACCUCACGGUGUAUAUUGGGUCUUUGUACAUUUUGCCUGACUUAACCUUAAAUUUAAAAUAUUUUUUUGCUAUAUAAACUUUAACAGUUAUUAAACAGUGUUUUCUUUUGGGUACGUAUUGUUUCUGGAUAUCGAGAUGUUAAAUAUAUUUCUUGCUAUUGUGUUAUGACAGGAGACUUCCCCUCCCCCGCUCUGUCUUCCGCUGCGCACGCUGUAUAUAGGGUCAACGUGACGCUGCUGGAGACAUGAGUCAACUGGCCUAGAGUAGCGUGCUGUAUUUAGUCUGUAUCGACCGUGGAUGCCCUCCUUAAUAGCCAUAUGCAAUAAAAUAAAAUACAUUAUUUAUGAAAUGAA